GUGCAUAAUUCCUAUAACCUAUUGCGCUGCUUAAUUGCCGUAUUCGUCUAUUACGCUGUACUGCAUGCACGCGAUAAUGAUCCGUUCAACGAUGUGACCGCUUCCACCGGUGUGCCAAUCAAUAGCCCCCUGAUUUACGAUCCGAGAAAACGUCACGAGGCUUGGCGUUUCCUCACCUAUAUGUUUAUACAUAACGGUUACGUCCAUUUAGCUUUCAAUUGUCUCCUACAACUGGUCCUUGGCACGCUUCUAGAGUUGGUGCACAAAUUUUGGCGAUGCGGUUUGGUUUACCUUCUUGGAGUGAUUAGGUCGUUUGUUCAAAUCCUACAACUACCGCAUUGGAUUGCCCACUUCCUUCUUCAAGGCAAGUUGUUUAUGUUUAUAUAUAUUCAAUUAAAGCAAAGAGAAAAAAGAAGUACCGAAUAA